AUGUACUGUGUCAGUGACGGUGAGACUGCCGGGACGGAGCAUGGUGACGGUAGGUACUGUGUCAGUGACGGUGAGACUGCCGGGACGGAGCAUGGUGACGGUAUGUACUGUGUCAGUGACGGUGAGACUGCCGGGACGGAGCAUGGUGACGGUAUGUACUGUGUCAGUGAGACUGCCGGGACGGAUCAUGGUGACGGUAUGUACUAUGUCAGUGACCGUGAGACUGUUGGGACAGAACAUGGUGACGGUAUGUACUGUGUCAGUGACGGUGCGACUGCCGGGACGGAACAUGGUGACGGUAUGUACUGCGUCAGUGACAGUGAGAUUGUUGGGACAGAACAGGGUCACGGUAUGUACUGUGUCAGUGACAGUGAGACUGCCGGGACGGUGCAUGGUGACGGUAUGUACUGUGUCAGUGACAGUGAGAUUGUUGGGACAGAACAGGGUGACGGUGUGUACUGUGUCAGUGACGGUGGGACUGCAGGGACGGUGCAUGGUGACGGUAUGUACUGUGUCAGUGACAGUGAGAUUGUUGGGACAGAACAGGGUGACGGUAUGUACUGUGUCAGUGACAGUGAGACUGCAGGGACGGUGCAUGGUGACGGUAUGUACUGUGUCAGUGACAGUGAGAUUGUUGGGACAGAACAGGGUGACGGUGUGUACUGUGUCAGUGACGGUGGGACUGCAGGGACGGUGCAUGGUGACGAUAUGUACUGUGUCAGUGACGGUGAGAUUGUUGGGACAGAACAGGGUGACGAACAGGGUGACAGUAUGUACUGUGUCAGUGACGGUGAGAUUGUUGGGACAGAGCAUGGUGACGGUAUGUACUGUGUCAGUGACGGUGAGAUUGUUGGGACAGAACAGAGUGACGGUAUGUACUGUGUCAGUGACGGUGGGACUGCAGGGACGGUGCAUGGCAACGGUAUGUACUGUGUCAGUGACCGUGAGAUUGUUGGGACAGAACAGGGUGACGGUAUGUACUGUGUCAGUGACGGUGAGAUUGUUGGGACAGAACAAGGUGACGGUAUGUACUGUGUCAGUGACGGUGAUAUUGUUUGGACAGAACAGGGUGAUGGUAUGUACUGUGUCAGUGACAGUGAGAUUGUUGGGAUAGAACAGGGUGACGGUAUGUACUGUCAGUGA